CACGCGCUAAUCAAAGUCAGAUUUGGCAGCCAGAGGGAGGGUACGGAGGAGGUUGGCAGGCACUGGACUUGGCCCGUUCUGUGCUCCUGAGAACCGUGCUGAGAGAGGGGCCUGUGGAGAAGGCAACGAGCAAACACCCUUACUCAAAGCUGAGGCUGAAGGGGUUAACCCAGCCGAAGCUAAUUGAGCAGAGGUAAUGAGUGAGGAGUGGGUAGGGGCAGCCAGGGAGGGAGGAGGGCCACAGGCUCAGGAGCACCAGAGAGCCAGAAAAGUGCUUUUCAUUUACUUUCCUUUCCCAAAUAGUCUGCUUUUUGUAAGGGAACACCAGAGGGGACAUUAUAGGCCAGCCAUUGAUCCCCAGUUAAGCUAGGUUAACUUUGAUGGCUCUGAGUCCCACAGGUAGGGAAGGAGACUGGAGCAGCCGAAAACCCAUUCAUUGCAUCUCUUUCAAGGUGCAAGACAAUUCUCCGGGGCUGACUCCGGAGUCUUCUACCACCCCGCUUCUCCACACACCAACAGGUCCUCUGCCCAAGUUGGGUGCCUCAUGGGUGGGGAACAGGGAGUAAGGGAUUUCCACCGACAAGGGACAGCAGACAGGCCACGUGUACCUUAAAUUAGAGGCAGCUGUGGGUCUACAGAUCACUUUCUAACCCUAAAUCCGCCUUCUAAUCACGCCAGGGAUUCAGCCUCGGCCUGGAGGAGGGCCUGUUCCAUCACUACCUCCCUUUGGAUUGCCUUUCGUGUUGCCAUGGUGAUCCCUAGGCUACCCAGGAUACCCAUUGCUGCUCCAGAAUUCUCUGCUUGAGCGGAGCAGCUCUCCCUUCAGCCGGUUUAGAACACCUUCCUUUUUACUAUGAUAAGCUCAAGUUCUGCAAAACCCAACGGCGGUUUGUCCACACAGGUUCUGAAAAGGAGCCAGGUACUGGCUAACCAACACAACCGGCCGAAUGCAGUUCAACCCUUUCUCUCAGGACACUUGGAGACAUGGACACCGCCGUGCCUACUCCAACAUCUCUGAAAGGCUGUCUUGCUUGACUCUCCAGGAGCCCAGUGUCAGCCAUCUUUACCAGAUUUUUUCUCCUGGAGACAGAAGAUCCUACCUGCUUGAUGACUCUUUAUCCAAUUCCAUCCAGCGAGAGUCCCUGGCUGUCCCCAUGGGGCUUGAGGACAGUGGCUCCAGGGGUCAGCAGAAGCAGCAGCAGCCCGGGGCUGUCCUUGAGGAUCUGGAAGAGCAGGAAAUCGCCCCGACAGAUGUGAAAUACCGCCUGCAGCUGCUCGAUGAGGCCCCAUUGCGGAGCAAGAGUUCCAGUGUACAAAGCCAGGGCCACAAGCCUGGAUGGAUCCCAUCCAGCAAAACCCACAGAGAGUGGUUCAAACCCUGGAAAAUGGAUAUGACAUAUCCCGAGAAUGAGCGUUCCCAUUCAGGUCAUACCCAGGGCAGAAGGAUGACACCAAGAGCACAGUGGAGACAUGUGGAAUAUGACAGCCAGGACCAGGACACCCAAUCCCCAGUGUGGAGUCAAGCCCUCUUCCCUGGUCUAGACAAGAGCAGUCAGGGAGUCAUCCAAUGCACCCAGCAUGUGUCGAGGGAGAGGGAAAUGGUAUCUGGUUGGUCCAUGACCCAUGCACCUCAAGAGAUGGGCCAGGCAAAGCAAGGACCAGCCUUCCUGAAGACGAAGGGAACCGCCAAGUUUAAUGUUGCUACAACAGCCAGGAUGUCCUGUCUGCCGCCUCUCAAGCUCCUGGAGAAAAAAGUGAAGAGUAGGUGUCCCCCCAACACACCUGGGAUCUUCCAAGACUGGAGAGCUCAGCCCCAAGGGCUCUAUGGAAGUGACGAAAGACUCCUGGCGCCAUUUGAAGAUCAAGUCAACACGAGGGUCACAUAUAUGCCCUUGUUUACUGAAAAAGUGAAGUUUGUAAGCCCCAAGACAGCUGUGUCAAACCCAAAACAAACACAUUCUCAACUGAGUAGGACAAAUCAACCAGCUUUCCCAGGUCAGUUCAGGAACUGGACCUCAGGAAGAGAACAUCUGGAAAAAGGACUGCCUGAAUAAAUCUGGGAAAUCCUAACAGAAGCCUGCAAUCCCAGCACUCGGCUGAGGCAGGGCUGCUACUCAGCUUUCAGCUUUUAUGCAGUGUCCUGUGACGUAGCAGAACGAGAAUGAAUCGUUUCUUUUGGGAAGGAAUGCUGUCUCAUGUGUCCCAGAAGACCUGAGAAGAAGGGUUCUCUAUACAUAGCCCUAGCGGACCUGCAACUCACAGUGCCGACUAGACCGGCCUCAAACUCACAGAGAUCUACCUGCUUCUGCCUUGCAAGUACCGGGAUUAAAGGUGUGCACUGCUACACCUAAUAUUUUGAAGUUUAUGCGAACCACCGCACUGCUAGCUUCGAUUGAGAAAAGGCAUGCCACACUGCCCUCUAGUGACCACCCUAGGGAAUGACAGCCUGCUGCAGCCAAGGCAGACUGUGGUCUCCCGCAUUCUUCUAAGGCAGAGAACCGGCAUACAUCUUAAUCAAGGCCAACUAGCCACAGAGCACACCCAGAAUAGAAUCUUUAUUCUCUUCCUACACUUCAAUCUCUGCUUGAAAACAUAAUAAACCCCAAGGAAAUUGUGAAACCCUUAAAACUGCAGUUAGAACGUGAACUCGUACAUCGAGAAGACCCUGCACGGAAGGGCUGUGACGAUGGGCUAGGAAUUGAACGUGCUGGCCUCCGCCUGUGUCCAAGGAAAGGGGCUGGAUUGGCGGCCUGAAGAUUCCUCCUGUAGUCUCUUGGAGGCAUUUUUAACACUUUUUAAAAACAGUUUUUAAAAUUAUACCUCUAUUUCCUUGUUAUACGUGGGCAGGUAGGGUGCACGCCAUGUUGCCUAUAUGGAGGUUCCAGGACAAUUUGCAGUUGGUUCUUUCCCUCUACCACGUGGAACUGGGGCUUGAACUCAUCUGACUUGGUAGCACGUGCCUUUUUCACUGAACCAUCUUGCUGGUCCUAAAGGUCUCUUCUUUUUUUAGGGGCAGAGGAUAAUUUUACACUGAAAGAUAUUUGUAGAGACAGUAGAAUGUAACAGCUUAAGUAACUAAAGGACAUUAGAAAACUGAGACACAGGACACUGGUAAUCUCUAUGAACAAAAACUAUAGGCUUUACCAUUAGACUUUUCCACUAAUAAUCUGUUUUGGCUGGUUUUUUUUGGGGGGGGGUUCUUUUAAAGACAGGGUUUCAGGUAGCCCCUAGACUGACCUUCAAGUCCAAGAAAACCUUGGACUUCUGAGCCUCCUGCCUAUACCUCCCGAGUGAUGAGUACACAGCCACAUCUGGGAUAUGCCGUGCUGGGAUUGAACAUUGGUUUCUCUAGCAACUGAGUUGCAUCCCUAUCCCCUUGGCUUCUCAGAGGACAAGAUGAGCAAGAGCUUCUGGUCCCAGGGGCCACAGUCUAACUGCAGAAUUUUUCAUCUGAUAAAUAUUGAUUUUAUACAUAAUCAUUUUCUUUCUUUCCUCCUCCCCCUCCUUCCCUCUCCCCGCCCCC